CCGUGGGGGGCGGAGUUGUCCCCGCCCCCCCCCCGUUCCCGGGGGACUGCGGCCCCUUCUUAAGCCCGCAGAGCCUCUAGCGGCCCCUCACUCGUCUCUCCCUCCAGUCUCCCUCCCGCGCGAUGGCUUCGGCGCUGAGCUAUGUCUCCAAGUUCAAGUCCUUCGUGAUCUUGUUCGUCACCCCGCUCCUGCUGCUACCACUCAUCAUUCUGAUGCCCGCCAAGUUUGUCAGGUGUGCCUAUGUCAUCAUCCUCAUGGCCACUUACUGGUGCACAGAAGUUAUCCCUCUGGCUGUCACCGCCAUCAUGCCUGUCUUGCUUUUCCCACUCUUGCAGAUUCUGGACUCCAAGCAGGUGUGUGUCCAGUACAUGAAGGACACCAAUAUGCUAUUCCUGGGCGGUCUCAUCAUGGCUGUGGCUGUGGAGCACUGGAACCUGCAUAAGAGAAUCGCUCUGCGCAUUCUUCUCUGGGUGGGGAUCAAACCAGCACGGCUGAUGCUGGGCUUUAUGAGUGCCACGGCCUUCUUGUCCAUGUGGAUCAGCAAUACUGCCACCACGGCCAUGAUGGUGCCCAUCGUGGAGGCUAUGCUGCAGCAGAUGGAAGCCACGAGCGCAGCCACAGAAGCCAGCCUGGGGUCACUGGAGCUGGUGGAGAAGGGCAAGGUCGGCGACUUGCCAGGUAAUGACGUGAUUUUUGAAGGCCCCACCCUGAGAGAGCAGAAGGACCAGGACAAGAAGGGCAUACGCAAGGCCCUGAACCUGUGUGUGUGCUAUGCAGCCAGCAUCGGGGGUACCGCCACCCUGACCGGUACGGGACCCAACGUGGUGCUCCUGGGCCAGAUGACUGAAUUGUUUCCUGAGAGUAAAGACAUCGUGAACUUUGCCUCCUGGUUUGGAUUUGCCUUCCCCAACAUGCUGAUAAUGCUGCUGCUCGCCUGGCUGUGGCUCCAGUGUGUUUAUAUGAAAUGCAACUUUAAAAAAUCCUGGGGCUGCGGGAUAGAGUUGAGGCAUAACGAGAAGGCUGCUUAUGAGGUACUGCAGGAGGAGUACAGGAAGCUGGGACCCUUCUCCUUCGCAGAGGUCAACGUCCUCUUCUGCUUCCUCCUGCUGGUCGUCCUGUGGUUCACCCGCGACCCCGGUUUCAUGCCCGGCUGGCUGUCUAUCGCUUGGGUGGAGGGUGAGACAAAGUAUGCCUCUGAUGCCACCGUGGCCAUCUUUGUGGCCACUUUGCUAUUUAUUAUGCCUUCACAGAAGCCCAAGUUCAACUUCUGCAGCCAGUCUGAAGAAGAAAGGAAAGCUCCAUUUUAUCCCCCUGCACUGCUGACUUGGAAGGUGACCCAGGAGAAAAUACCUUGGGGCAUUGUGCUGCUACUAGGGGGUGGAUUUGCUCUUGCUAAAGGAUGCCAGGCCUCAGGGCUGUCCGAGUGGAUGGGGAAGCAGAUGGAGUUCUUGCACACAGUGCCGCCAGUAGCCAUCACCUUGAUCUUAUCCUUUGCCGUUGCUGUGUUCACUGAGUGCACAAGUAAUGUGGCCACCACCACCCUGUUCCUGCCCAUCUUUGCCUCCAUGUCUCGUUCCAUCGGCCUCAAUCCACUGUACGUCAUGAUCCCCUGUACCCUGAGCGCGUCCUUUGCCUUCAUGUUGCCUGCAGCCACCCCACCAAACGCCAUCGUGUUCGCCUACGGUCACCUCAAGGUUGCUGACAUGGUGAAAACAGGACUAAUGAUGAACAUAAUUGGAGUCUUCUGUGUGUUUCUGGCAGUCAACACCUGGGGACGGGUCAUGUUUGAUUUGGAUCAUUUCCCUGUCUGGGCUAAUGUGACACAUACUGAGACGUAGGGAGAGCCACAGACCACAUACACACAGCCCCGCCCUCCUGAGGACCACCAAACCUUCCAGCACACCUUGCACAGAGUUUUUGGGUUCACACCCCAAAGCGAUUCAUUGAUGCCCACACCCUCACAGACCCAGCCAACAGGCCACUUCUUCCAGGCCUGGAUGCAGAGAUGGGUCUGGGUGACUGGAGGGCAGGCUUGGAAGUGAGGGGAGCCCCUCAAGAGGCUGCUGGGGCCCAUCUUUCCCAGGCACUGCCAUCAUCUCUGGGACACAGGCUUCUGUACCUACUCAGCCUCAAGUGCCACCACACCAGCCCCACACUGGGCUCUGGUCUCACUCAUUCACUCCUCAGUGGUUUAAAUGGGAAUUGGAUCCCUAAAUUGGGAACCAAGAAAACAACCUACCAGUGCUGGUGUCUCUUCCUGCUCACCUCGGGCUGUCUCAGUUCCUCUGUCACUCUGAAGAGGACCCCUCAGCCAGAGACAAGAUGCCUGGUCUUGGGCAGCCUCACACUGCUGCUGUCAGAGCCUCCUGGGGACUCUCGGAACUCCUUGUGUGGCCACCACUACAGGAAGAGGAAUCUGAGUUGCUAACUUCAGGACGAUACCUGUCCUCCCACCUGCAGGCACAGUUGGCUGACCUACUCCCCCUCCUCACCUCGUUCUAUUUUGACUGACAGAUUGGACCCCUGUCCCAGCUCUCCAGCGAGGCUCCUUCAGCUCCUAGGUCCCCAGCCACUUGGGCCAACAUUGGCUGAGAUGCCCUGGCCAGGGCCCUUCAGCAUCUCAGUGUGACCUCCUAGGCAGGUCAGUGUGGCUCUUCUGGGAGAUGCUCUCCUGCCACCCCCACAUAACUGGGAUUACACUCCAAGUAUGCGCAGUGAUGGUGCUCUGAGGGCCACAGCAGGUUAUCUAGGCCCUCCCUCACCUGUAAGCCCAGACACGGCUGCUCAUUUCCAAUAGCUGGGUCACUUCAGAGUUUGCCAUGCCAGAGCUUGAGCUUCUCUGGGAAAAGCCUUUCCUUUGUUGACUGGCCUUCACAGCCACGCCUGGUGUACACAGAGCAUUGCUGAAAAUGAGUGGUGUCUGGUGGUCCCUGAGCAGACAGACCCUGUCCAUGGACAGAUCUACCUUAAGUUACUGGGACAAAGACCCCCAGAGAGGGGCUGCAACUCCAGAAUGGCCGCUGGGAUCCUCAGAAUCCCCUGUAUGAGAGAGAGAGAGACACGUGAGAGACAACCACCUUCUUUCCUCCUCUCCCAACCCCAUUUUCCUUCCUUGUGCUGCUCUGGAAGAGAGGCAGUGGAAGCCAAGGUACUGGAUGGCAUUUUUCAGGGCAGGAGGAAUUAUGAGAACCUCAGCAAGCCUCAUCAGGGACCAAGCAUGUGUCUGGUUUCUUGGGCGGGACAAUUCCUGACCUCGCAUACUUGUUGAGGUCUUGCUCUCAUUAAAUGCUCUGUCUCCUGUGGGAA